AUGUUUACGAAGCAAUCUGAUACUCACUGCAACACUGCUAAGGCUGCAACACUGCAUCUUUUAAAGAAUAUUGUCCAAGAUUAUUUACACGUUAUAGAAAAUAAAAACCUUAGUACAAACACUAAUAAAUCAAAGUUAAAUGCAUGGCUGCAAAUAACGGAAAGGUUCAAUGCUGCCAAUGUUAGAAAAAGGGACAAAAAACAAUUGAUGAACCAGUGGAAGUUGGCCAAAAUAAAUUGUAAGAAGCAAAUGUCCCAGUUGAGAAGAGAAUUAAAUAAAACUGGAGGUGGUCCUAAACCACCAUCUCCUUCUCCUGAGGUAUUGGAGAUAGCAGAAAUGAUUCCCCUUGAGUUAGAAGUGGAUUACAAUGAAUUUGACAGUGAUGCUGUAAAGGAAUCUGUAGUGACCCAGAAUGUUGAAGUAGAAGAUUUCAAUUACCCUAGUACUUCAUUUGGGAUAAAACAUCAUGACAUUGAAGAAGCUAGAAUGGCUAAAUCAAUACCAACACCUAAGCGAGCUACAAAUAAAACAUUGGUAUGA